UCUGUUCUGGACAACGAAGCGAUGCGUGUUAAAACGUCAUCAAAAUCAGCAUUAUAACAUACUGGGCAAGAUCAAGAAUCUGGAUCGGGUGUCAGUACAAGACUGGUAGGAAUGGAUGACUACCCAGGUGACGGUCAGGACCACGGGGUGAACGAUGUGUCAUCCGCCGACCUUCAGAGUACCAUCCCCGACAUCGGGAUGACCCAUCCCUCCCAGCUGGUUGCUUGGUCUCAAGCCCAUGCCGCGGAAGAUGGGCAGUAUGGAGGGUUCGUUACCAACACAGGAUCACAAGCAGUGUACGAAGCUCAGGUCACUGAUAUUGUCCAGCAAGCAUACCUACAGUCUGCUCUUGUUCAGACAGAUCCUGGAACAGAUAAAUUUACAUAUUCCGUUGAUUCCGGUCUGGAUAAGAGCUGUGAAGACCCUGGAGGCUUUUCUCGAUCCAUUGACACUGACAGAAGGAACUAUGAGCUGCUUAGAAGUAAAGGUUUGGAGAUUGUACACACUGUCGUUCUAGAUGAGGAGAUGGCUAAGUCUCUUCCACAACAAACUCUUCAUCAACAUCAAGCAGAGACUGCUUAUAGACAUCUUCCAAAAAAGUAUCAGUGACAGCUUACCGCUUUUCGAAAGUAACACUCACUUAAUGAGUCAAGACACUGCUAAAGAUGUUCCCCUGCCAUCCAAAACAGAAAUGACGGAGUAUGGCCGGGUGAUGCUGAAGCACCAGCAGACUCAGUACAGCUCCCACAACAUGGCCAACACAGUCAUGAUGUCCCCGCCCACCUGUGUGGAGGACACCCAGAUGAAGAUGGUUGUCAACGUUCCUGCCAAGAAGAUAGCUGAGAAGGCGAAGACAACACAGCGACCAGUGAGAAUCAAUCCUGCAGAGGAGGUGGAGCUGUAUGACCAGGAGUGGGGCGAUCAGACGCGGCUGUUGCUGUUCCACUUGAUGACUGAGCACAAACUGUGUGAUGCUUCAAUCUCUACUGGAAAGUUUACUAUCAAGCUGCACAAGCUGGUGCUUGCCAUGUCGAGUGAGCGGUUUGCAAGCCUCCUCUCAGAAGGUGUCGACUCUAGGUUUUCAAACAUCAUUGUUCCGGUGCACAUCUCUGAAUCUACCCUGAAAGUGUUUGUGACAUUCCUGUACCUUGGCAAGGUCAAAGUUAACCUUGGAUUAGUCAAGGAGAUAAAAGUGUUAUCCAAAAUAUUUGAAAUCCAUAAUCUGGAACAUCUAUGCUAUGGUAUCAUGAUUAAGCACAAUAUGUCCACAAAUGUUGGAAGCUGGCCAAAGCUGAAGGUGUCCUUUGAAAAUGCAAAUAAGAAUUCUAAGAAGGAUCAAAAUGUGGGGACAGAAGAGAGUUACUUCAAGGCAAUGUCUGAGAUUGCUAAAUCCCCUUUUCAAACAGCCAAAAGGGUCCGACUCAAGCGGGGUCAAAAGAAAAAACUGACAGGAACCAUCUCAAAAACUGUGGGGCAUAGAUAUGGCACCAGAGGAGCAACUGCCCCGAAGGUUGUUGAGGAUGUGUGGGAAGAUGAUGAUGAUGAUGAUGCUACUGAUGACUACGAUGAUGAUGAGGAGGAGGAAGUUGUUGGACCAGUUGUUAAGGCAGGACCAAAAGGCAGAUUUCAGGCAAGAAACGCUGCCAAGAAAGAGUCCAUCAGAAAAGGCAAAGUUGGACAGAAGGUUGAGAAAUCCAUAAGUUUUAAUGAUGUGAAACCUGGUUACACUGCUACAAAGUGGAAACAACCUUUGGGUGCUUCAGACAUAUUGCUGGAGAUGUCUGAGGCAGGUGAUAACUUGGGUCUAGACAUGGACUCCAUGGACAGAGGGGCAGCAGAGGAGACUCCUGUUCCAACUCUUCAGGGCAGGAAACAGAAGUUGCUUCAGUCGGUUGAGCUAGUCAACAAGGACGUCAGUAACACUGUGCCUGUUACUAUGGAGACAAGUAUGCAAGAUUCGACAAUAAUUGUCACACCAAGUAUGCCUGAAAUACUUAAGAACAAUGUCAGUGAAACAACUGAGGGGAUCCAAGCAUGUGCCAAUAUGACAGUGCCUCAGCCUAUCCUGGAUGAGGUAGCAGGAAAGCCAGACAAUGCAUCGGAUGCUUUGACGGGGAUGAAGAAAGGCAAGAAAGGAAGGGCAAGGUAA